AUGUACAUUCAUUUGUCCUCCUGGCGAGUUGUCAAUGUUUCCAGCAUGAUGAGCCAUCUGUCUCUUAAAAAGUGCAGCCCUGAACUGCAAGAAAAAUUCCGCAGUGACACCAUCACCGAGGAAGAGUUGGUUAAACUCAUGGAGAAGUUUGUGGAAGAUGCCAAGAAGGGAAUCCACAAAGACCAAGGAUGGCCGGAAAAUGCUUACGGGUUGUCUAAAAUUGGACUGACUGUGUUAUCCAGGAUCCAAGCUCGAGAGCUAAAAGAGACCCGAAAAGGAGAGGGCAUCAUUCUGAAUGCUUGCUGCCCGGGCUGGGUGAGGACUGAUAUGGCUGGUCCCAAUGCCCCCAAGUCUCCAGACCAGGGAGCUGAGACCCCGACCUAUCUUGCCCUACUACCACCUGAUUCAGAUUCACCAUAUGGUGAGCUGGUCAGUGAGAAGAAAAUUGUAACUUGGUGACAAUGAUGGACAGUCCUAGAGUAACCUG